AUCAAGAUGGCGGCGGCCAUUGGCAGUGGUCUUUGAGUAGACUGUAGCGAGGCGGAGACCUGGUCUUGCCGCAAUGCCCAAGUACUAUGAAGAUAAGGAGGAGGACGGGCGGGCCUGUGGGGGGGUCAGGGAAGACCUGCGGCAGUGCCUGCUGGAGAGCCCCUGCGUCCUGCAGGAAAACAAAAGUCCUAAACAGUGUUUGAUGGAAGGACACUGUAGGAGUUUGCAAAUCACAUUUUUUGCGUGCAAAAGAUCAAUGUUGGAUACCAGGGCAAGGUUCAGAGGAAGGAAGGGAUACUGAAAUCCUUGUUAAGAGACCCAGACAUGGGAAAUUGGGGUCCAUCGUCACUUUGAGGAAAACAGAGACUAAUGUAAGAAGAUUGUAUCUGCUGCAUCCUGCCAUGCAGUAUUUUUGUGGAAAUUACCUGCUUCUGAGUAUUGCAAUCUGGACCCACAUUUAGAUGUUAAAAAGAAGCCUGCAAGGUCUGGCCAAAAUGGGUACUUGUCAUGCAUUGGUAAUAAAAUUGUAUACGCCAG